GGAAGAUGCUCAUGAAGGAAGGAAGCCUUAAAGGUGAAAGACUUGGGCAGGGCUGCCCAGGGCAGAAGGUGAACAAGGGUGCCCUGGUCAUCCCCUGAUACUUUUUUUUUUCCCGUCCCACACGACCUGCCCCCAUCCCUUUCUUCUCUUCUUUCCCUUCUAAAUUUUAACGGCAUAGUCUCCGUGGUUGAGCAGAACAGGGAAGCGCAGACGUUAAAGGGGACAGAAGGCAAGCUUCCCCUCGAAAGGGUUACCUAACCUGGCACCGACCUACGUUUUCCACCAAGUCACCUCCAUUGCCAGGAAUCCCAGAAGCCCAUGGCGGGAGCGGACGAAAGGAGGAGUCUCCCCGGGGUAGCAUUCUAGGCCCGCCAAGUCAAAAAGAAGUGAGAAGGAGAAGGAAGAGGCUCCAGCACCCGACUCGUGCCCGAGGGACUUGCCUGGGACGUUCUUUGCGCUCCUCCCCUACCCGCUGCCCGGGCAGUCCUUGAGGGGCUACCACCCCUGUGCUUGAACCGCGGAGAAGUUUCGCCUCUGCAAACGUGAGAAUCUGCAGCUUCGCAGGACGCCGCCCCCACACGCCCCACCCCACAGCCCGACCCCUGGCGGUGGCGACCUUGGUCACCAUGGAGGCGCCAGUGCCCUGGGGUGGGGGGUGGAGGAGCUGCACUUGGGGCUUUCCUGGGAGCUAGGAAGUUGGCCCAUGGGCCACCUCCGGUCGCCGUCCACCACCCGGACUGGCGCCACCAAGCAAGCCCAGGCGCCCUGCUCCCCUCUGCCUGCCGCGCCCCGGCCCUUGCGCCGUGCGCCUCUCCGCCCGACUCACCGCGCUCUGCGCAGCAAGGGUCGCAUCGGGUCCCAGGGCUCUGCGCCUCGGGGCUUCGUCUCCCGCCUGUCCUGCCUGCACCCUUCUCCCCUAUCCUCAGCUGUCCUCCAAGGCCGUCUCUCGACUCUUUUUUCCGGGUUAAUUACGUUUCGCAUUAAAGCAAAACCCAGCCCCGGAUGCACUUACCGAUAAUUGAUAUACAUACAUAUCUGCCUCGGACCGGG